AUGAGUUUAAAAGAAGAGUCUACAACAAGUAGGGAGAUAAGCACAACUGAAAUCAGCCCUUCAAGAUGGAGCCGGUUCAAAGAUUCUUUUAAAAGAGCCGAGGAACCAGAACUAGCUUCAAAGUGUUCAAUUAUUGACCUAGAAGCCAAUGCCACAAAGGAAGGAGACUUGCAUCGUGACCUUCAAAAUAGACAUGUACAAAUGAUUGCUCUUGGUGGGUCAAUAGGAACAGGUUUGUUGAUUGGAUCUGGAGCUUCACUAAGUAAAGGUGGACCUGCCAGUUUGAUUAUUGCCUGGGGACUCGUGGGAACAAUGGUGUUUUGUGUCAUACAUGCCUUGGGUGAACUAUGUGUUGCUUUUCCAGUCAAUGGUGCAUUCUCCACCUACGCUACAAGAUUUAUUGACCCAUCAUGGGGGUUUGCUGUCGGUUGGAAUUAUGCCAUCAUGUGGUUAUUUGUAAUGCCGUUGGAGUUGGUUGCUGCAGCGAUGUGUAUAACUUAUUGGAACGAUGAUAUAAACCCUGCUAGUUGGGUUGCCAUAUUCUAUGUUUUUAUUUACGGCAUUAACUUGUUUGGCGUCAAAGGGUAUGGAGAAGCUGAAUAUUACUUGACCAUUCUCAAAAUAAUUGCCAUUGUUGGGUUUAUUAUAUUGGGAGUGGUGUUGGUAUGUGGUGGUGGUCCAACACACGAAUUCAUUGGGGGCAAGAAUUGGCAUGUUGAAAAAGGUGCAUUUGCUAACGGGUUUAAAGGAGUUGCAACAACUUUUGUCACGGCUUCAUACUCAAUGGCAGGGUCGGAAAUGGUGGGAUUGGCAAGCGCAGAAACGAGAAACCCAAGAGAAACAUUACCAAAGGCAAUUCGCCAAGUGUUUUGGAGACUCAUUUUGUUUUAUUUCCUUUCAUUGACGAUGAUUAGCUUAUUAGUACCGUACAACUCACCAGAUCUUCUUGGAGCCGGUACAUCCUCCACUUCACCAUUUGUCAUUGCCAUCAAAAAUGGUGGCAUUCACGCAUUACCUUCAAUUUUCAAUGCUUGUAUAUUGAUUUCAAUCCUCUCUGUUGGAAACUCAGCUGUAUUUGGUUGUUCACGUACGGUGCAAUCAUUGGGGUUACAAGGACUAGCGCCCCAAAUUCUAGCAUACGUUGAUCGUAAAGGCCGUCCUUUGGGAGGAUUGGCCCUCUCGGCAUUGUUUGGUUUACUAUGCUUCCUAGCGGCGUACAAGGAUCAAGGAACUGUGUUUGACUGGCUUUUAAGUGUAGCAGGACUUGCUACAAUCUUUUCCUGGUUCAACAUUGCAUUGUGUCAUUUUCGUUUCAGACAAGCAAUGCAUGCACAAGGAAGAUCUUUAGAAGAGUUGACAUUUACUUCCAUUACAGGCAUUUUUGGCUCCAUCUACGCAAUGGGAUUUUUGCUAGUAGUGUUGGGCAUACAAUUUUGGACCGCAUUGUUUCCAAUUGGUUCCAAGAAUGCAGAUGCAGAGCAUUUUUUCCAAAACUAUUUAGGAGCCGUUGUCAUAUUGGUCUUUUACGUUGGUCACAAACUAUACGCUAGAACUUGGAAAAUUUGCAAGAGCCUAAACGAAAUUGAUCUAGAUACUGGCAGACGACAAGUGGAUUUGGACUUGGUUCGUGCAGAACUUGAGGAAAAGAGAUUGUUGAAUAAGCAAAAGCCACUUUACAAACGGAUAUGGAAUUACUGGUUUUGA